AUGAAGCUCUCAGUCGCAGUACUCAACGCUCUGUUCGUCGCGGCACUGGCUGCGCCGGCGCCCGGUUCAGCACCACGCUCCAACACCAAGGCGCGUCUUGAUGCUCGUAGGGCCGCUGCUCGUGGCCACCAGAAAAGCCACCAUCACGACUCGGGGUCUUCUUCGUCCCGGUUGCCCUCCGCUUUCCCAUCCGCCCUCCCUUCCGGAUCCCCAUCACCAGUCCGCUCGUCCGCUGCCGUCUCAGCACCAUCCUCCACUGCUGCACCCACUUCCUCUUCGAGCGCCACCGCCUCUCAUUCCACGUCCAAGCAAGCGUCUUCGGAUGUCGACUACAACGAAAGCUGGGCCGGCUCGGUCGUGACCGGUACUGGUAUGACCGGUGUUUCUGCUACAUUCGAGGUCCCAACACCCAAGAUCCCUACCGACGGCCAGACCUCGGCCACUGAGCACACUGCUUCCGUGUGGAUCGGCAUGGACGGCUACAACUGCGACGGCGGUCUCUGGCAGGCCGGCGUCGAUGCCACCAUCGACGCGCAGGGCACCUCGUACUACGCCUGGUACGAGUGGUACCCCGAGAACACCGUGGUGGUCGACCUCGGCGACCUGGCGGCCGGUGACUCCAUCUCCGUGAACCUGACUUCGUCCGGCGAGUACACGUCCGGCUACAUCAUCAUGGAGAACCAGUCGACGGGCAAGACGUUCACCAAGACCGUCACCGACUCCGACGCCCUGUGCGGCUCUGCCGUCGAGUGGAUCAUGGAGGACCUGGUUGUUGACGGAAGCGAGAACGGCUUGGCCAACUUUGGCACCGUGACCUUUACCGAUGCUGUGGGGACGAGCAAGACCGGCAGCGUCUCGCCCUCGAGUGGCCAGUUGUUGGACAUCCAGGACUCUGCUGGAAGUGCCCUGACUGCUUCGUCCACUACCAGCGACACCGUCGUCAUCGUCUACCAGUAA